AUGCCGCAGACAAAGCACCGACUUUGUGAGUGGCAUAUAGGCAGGAAUGUUGGUCAAAAUGUUAAGGAUGAGAAGCUGCAGAAAGCGUUAGGGAUGUUGAUAUACACUUCGUAUAGCAAGUAUGAAUGGGAGAGGGAGUGGGGGAAGAUGGUAAGAGAACACAAUGUCGAGGAAAAUACUUGGAUCCAGUCACUUCACAAUAAGCGGAAGAAAUGGGUAGAGGCAUACUGCAGUCUGCAGUUGGUAUACAUAGAUGUUAAUGUCAGUAUGUCACUUUUAGAUAUAGACAAAUGGAUCUGCUCAACCCAGCGGUGUGAGGGCAUGAACCGUACCAUGAAGUUGAAGGUUGGUAAGUCCACAACGUUGAUUGAGUUUGUACCAAGGUGUUGGGUGGUUCAAUUCAUCGCACGCAACAGUGAGAAGUCACAAGAUGAGUCGUACUCUUGUUCGUGCGAGCUUUUUGAAUCUGACGAUAUUCCAUGUGCCCAUAUCUUCUGUGCUAUGAAAAAUGAGGGAGUUUUUGUCUACCCGAAAUCACUGAUAUGUGAGAGGUGGAAGAAAUCUAGUGGGAGCAGACCUCUUGAUAAAACAAGUGUCGAAGUACAAGUAAUCGGAUUCGCGCCAUGCAGGUACUUAUCGUUGAUAGCAGCAGCUAAGAGAGCGUGCUAUAACUUUUCCCAAUCAGCCGAAGGCUUUGAGAAGGGGCUGGUGGCGCUGGCCAAACUCGAAGAAGACUCAUUUGAAUUUCGGGCAAAGAAGAAACCAAGAUUGAUUGUGGAAGACAACAAUAACGUUGUUCUGGAGCCAAUAGUAGCCAGAACCAAAGGCAAGUAUUGUAAUGCAGAAAAUGGGCUGCUGCCUAAUGGUACGAAGGUGAAAGCAUGUGGGCAUUGUAGAGUUCCUGGUCACAAUCUGCGGACAUGUCCUGAAUUACAACGUGAUGAUAAUGGGAAAUAA